UGCAUCGUUUUUUUUGUGAUGAUGAAGCAAUAAAAAGGUUUUUCUUUGCAUCGUGAUCGUUUGUUUUUGUUGAAUUUUUGUUUUGUAUUAUCAUCAUGUCUCAAAUGAAUAGCAAUGAUCCAAGACGACCAGAUCGUAUACAAAGAUAUAAACCAUUACCAGCUGGUUGUGUUGGUAGUCCAUCCGAAGAUCCAACACCUGAUUAUAUGAAUCUUCUUUCAAUGAUGUUUUCAAUGUGUGGUCUUAUGAUGAAAUUAAAAUGGUCAGCAUGGAUUGCAUUGUUCUGUUCAGCCAUAAGUUUUGCCAAUCUUCGAAUGCACGAUGAUUUCAAACAAAUAUUCAGUUGUUUUAUGCUUUCAUUUUUGGCUGUUGUAAUGACAUAUCUACAGAAUCCAUUGCCAAUGACAUUACCUUUUACAAAUUGAUUCAUCGAUGAUCAACUCAAAAAAAAAUAUGAAAAUUUCAUUUGAAAUAAAAAAACUUUUAUUAA